AUGCUUUCACGCUGUGUAGCCCUUUUGGCUCUUCUCCAGCUCAUUGUGGCAUCGGCCUUGACGUUCAAUUUGCCUGCAAAAGAACAGGCAUGUUUUUACGUCACCACCGAGAAGCAAAACACCCAAAUCAGCUUCUAUUUUGCUGUCCAACAGGGUGGGUCGUUUGAUGUCGAUUACACCAUCAAGGACCCAAAGAACCGGAUCUUGGAUGAAGCUACCAAGCAGAGACAAGGUGACUUCUCGUUCAACGCGCAACAUCCUGGCCAGUACGAAUUCUGUUUCCUGAAUGAAAUGUCAACAUUUGCUGAGAAGGUGAUUGACUUUGAAAUCAAGUACGAGGGCGACGGAUCGUCGCAGUUCAGAGCACAGAUGCCUGAGCAACCCAACACAAAACCCAUUGCACACGUCGAGGCUAUGAAGACUACCGCUGAGAGUAUCGACAGACAGUUGGACGAGCUUAUGAGGGCAUUGCAGUACUACAAGACUCGUAACAACAGAAACCAGGCCACCGUGCAGCUGACGGAAUCGAGAAUCUACUACUUCUCCAUCUUGGAGGUGUUGUUGAUGGUAGGCAUGGCAUUCUUGCAGAUCACCGUGGUGCAAUUGUUCUUCAAGGGCCUGAGAAAGCAGUUAGUGUAG